CUUAUUAAGAUUGAGGAGAUUGCCGACGAGCAGCGAGACGGACAUGGAGGACUCCCGGGCGUAUCGAGUGCUUGUCAACGCGGCGGCGGCGGCGGCGGCGGCGGCGCCGAAUAGAGUCCAAGUUCCUUUCGGUGGGGGUUCGACCGGUCGACCGGUGCGAGACUCUUACGCUGGAGCGUGUCCCUCGGGCAUUUCUUUCAUCUUGGUCCUGAUCGUGGCGGCGCUUCUGACCACCUCUCCACUUCCACUCGUCGCCUCCUCUCCUGGCUUGCGCGACCACUGGUCUCUUUCUCGCCGUCUUCUGAGCGAGUCUACCAGCGGUGAUGCCGCCGCCUCCCAGCACUCCGUCGCCCAGCCUGCCGCCCAACCUGUUGCUCACUCCGAGGAUCCUCCGUACGCCUAUUCUGUGCAUGGUGGCGACUGGGGUGGUGUGUGCUCGGAGCCCAAGUCGCGAUUCCAAUCGCCUGUGGACAUCGUCCUCAAGGACGUUGUUAACGUUCCCGCGCUGGGCGACCUUCGCCAGCGCGGACAUUAUCCUCAAGUCCAAGCUAACGUGUCCGUUUAUCACAACAACCACACGUUUGAGAUCUCUUUCCACGAAGAUAACCGCAUUCGUCUGCCGAUGUUUGACGUUGACAAGCCGUACAACUUGUCGGACUCGUGGGAUGCAAGUAGCUAUGCUCCCAACGGCGGCUCCCGAUCGAAGCCUCGCGCCGAGACCUUCCAUCUGACGCAAUGCCACCUGCAUUGUCUUUCGGAGACGGAAAUAGACGGCAGUCAUUUCGACGUGGAGAUUCACUGCGUGCACGUGCGUCAUGGCGGCGGGGAGGAGAGAGAGAGUGUAGGAGUGUGGGCAGUGUUCAUGAACCGCACCACCGGCGGCGCGGACUGCGAUCCCUACCUAGAGAAGUUGCUGGCUGCGGUACCAGAGCUGCUGCAUCGCGGUCCUCACGAUCUCUUCCCUGUGCAGCUGCCCGGCUUCUCCCUGUCCCAUCUCUUGCCAUCUGACGGAACUUACUUCCAUUACUACCCAGGCAGCCUCACAACUCCUCCCUGCUCCGAGGGCCUUCUUUGGUACGUCUUCAAGAAUCCGCUUCCUAUCUGCGACCGCCAUUUCGAAACCAUAUCCGAUCUCGUCCAAGCGCUGAACGGAAGGAAAGUGCAAAACUUUCGACAAGUACAGCCGCUGCACGGACGUGUCAUGUACCGAUGGAUGGAUCCGAAGCCAGACACUGAGGCAUAAGAAGAAGAUGGGAGAGAGUCGCUGGUAGUAGCUCCACUAUCUCUCUGUCCCGGUUCGCUUUCAAAG